AUGUCGCCCACCGAGAAGACCACCUUUGGCGCGAGCGUCGAGCCGGUCACACCCAUAAAAACGACGACCCACCUCAACCUCACAACCCCCCUAUCGAUCGAGUCCCUCUCACCAUCCGCCUCCCACUCACCCAACGUCCCCUCCUCACCCGUAACCCCGAUCUCCGCGCACGACCCCAGCAACCCCUUCAGCGCAUUCUACUCACACCCGACAACGCGCCGCUCGCUCGAGCAGCAAGCCGCCUCCUCGAAGACGCAGCUAGACGUCUACGCCCACGAUCUGGAAGCAGGCUCGGGUCUUCUGCCCCCGCCACCCCUCUCGACAAUCACAACCCAGCACACGCUGCCGAAAUCCAGCAUCGAGGGCCGCCCCAAGGAGUGCACCGUCUGGCCGAGCAAGCAGACGCUGCGCGAGAAGGCGCACGAGGAGAGAUGCCAGACGGGGAACCCGGUCGUGAGGAGAUGGCGGAACAUGGAUAACAGGCAGCGGCUGUGGUUCAAGAUCCUGAUUGCCCUGCUCGUCAUCGCGGCCGCGGUGGGCAUCGGGAUCGGUAUCAGUCGCGCUGUAGGGGGUGGCGUGUGGGCAGGGCAGGGGAAGAGCAAGGAGAUCCCAUCUGCUCGUUGA